CGCAGCUAAAUCCUCCAUUGCGACACCCGAGAAGCACAGGAACAUAAAAAAUGUUUACACGUGGGACAUUUCACGGUCUUCAAGUUCACCUUUCUCUUGAUGACUGAUGCGCAAUGUUCGUGUCACCAGUCCUGUUUGGCUUGUUACACCUUUGUGCUACUCCGAGGCUUCAAAAGGACCGAGACAACCGCUGCUACAUCCUACUUGACCUAUAUCCUACUGGACCACCUCACCUGCUUUCGGUCAUUCUCAAUUGUUUCUAGACAAAAAACGGGACCUGAAUCUUCUUGUGUACGUGACUGUGAUGCUGGCUGGACGCAUCUCCAGAACAAACCUGCCUCCCUGCUGCCUGGCCUGAAACACCGCGAAAAAUGUCUCUUCAAAAAUUGUUGUUUCUCCCUUUGCUCUUCAUCUCGCAAUUGACAUAUCAUACGGCAGGCGACUCAUUGAGAAGACUUCAUUCAUCAAGCGGCCAGGCGUGCGGACAUGGCUACUUCCUGUCGAGGCGCGGUGCAUGCCGUGCAUGCCCAAAGUGCCCGGAAGACGUGGAAGUGUCGGCGGAAUGCGAGGACACUCAGGAUAGCCUGUGCGUCAAUCGGAGUGAAGGGUUCUUGAAGAUAGAAUGUAAGGAGAAGCUGGCGUUGACUUUGGAGCCGCUGACAUCAAAGCUGCUGAAAAGGACUAAACCCUAUACUUCCCACUUCUGCCAGCAUGUGCAGAUACACGUGCUUAAAAUUGUGAAUAAGCCUAACACUAAAGACAGAAGAAAAAAAUGUUUUAAAAAGUCCAAGUGCCAAGAAAAGAAUAAAAAAACGGCGUGGCAGCGGCGCCACCUUCACCGCCAUUGCCAGCGUCGUUUGCGCAUACCUCGGUGUGCAUCGCCGUCAGAGUCCGACACCAGGGAGCUCUUCACUUUAUCUUGCACUACAAAGAGAGGACAAGGACUGGUGCUCAUUCAUGUUCACAGUCGCCUUGAGCUCAAUGCCUCGGAGUCCAGACAGCGGGCCGUCCAGAGGAAAAUGGAGGCUGCACUCUGCUCACCACUGCAAAGACACUGGAAAGAAAAAAAGAUUCGUGAUCGAACAUCCAAGGAGAAAGGAAUACCUCAGAUUUAUUCUUCCGGCGGUGUUCUUCAUUCACAAGCAACCAGCGAAACUCCAGCCGUAGUCUCGACAGAACCUGUGUCUGUAGCCUCGACUGAACUUCCAUCUGUAACCUCGAUAAACUACACUCCUGAAGUUACUCUUGUUUUACUAUCUAUUCGCGCGAAAUCGCCCGUGAGACCAUUGAUGAAGGCGGCAAACUACUCCAAGAGGAAUGGAAAAAACAACGAGAAAGCAGAGUACACACCACAGACUAAUUCCGCCACUUUCCAGUCUGGGGUCGACUCGGAAGCAAGUGGACCUCCAGCUUCAGUGUCAACAGAAGCCGCUGCUAAAGUGAAUUUGCCUGGUUAUUUGACUACUACUGUGGUAAAGCGCUCCAGAGCUAAAGAGGCUUCAGGAGAAAGGAACAACGAGGCAAUUUCAUUCGAAGAGGCAGGAAUCGCAAGAUCCGGAGAAAAGACAGAUACAGGCUCUUCACUACCUAUCGAAUUAAGUAUCUUCUUUAUAACGCUGGUUAUCCUGACAAUAGCCGCCUUCCUUGUUCAUUUUGCGAGAAGAAAAAGUCGUAAAUGUUUUAUGUCGAGUAGCUUACAAGUCUUUUCUCCCAACGUGGAUCCUAGCGAAGACUCGUCAGAGAAAAUCGAGAGAGGCACUAGAGGUACUAUUGAAACGGAGCCAUUGGCUGCCAAGGUACUAGCAACAAACUGGGAGGGCAAUACAGAAGAUAAGACAAUCUUAGACACGCAGUCUUUGCCAGAAUUGCCACAAGAACUGGAAUUUCCUGUCUGUCGUGAGAAUUUUUCAGGGGAAGAAAGACUCGGAAUGGCCAGAAGGCGAGAAAAGGAUGUCUUGAACCUACUUAACAGCGCUUCUGGUUAUAGCAAAUAUUUUGGAAAUAUUAACAAAGGAACUGUAGAAAACGGCGGAAAAUGGGAUGAGGAUAUUAUGGAAGAUUAUUGUCCGGACUCUGGUGUGUCCAUAAGGCUGUCACCAAGUCGUCGUGCCUCGUCAGAAACUUCCAACACUUCAUGGCAAGUGGACGACUCUCUCAUGUCGGAAUCUCUUGGCGGAAGUCCGAGGCAAAGUAUCAGUUCCAUGGAGUCCACUUCGACUGAAAGUUCGGUCCGGUUGCCGAUUAGGCUCCCGCUAAGCGACGACUGGCUGAAGAAGGACAUCGAGGUGGCGCCACUGAACCUGUUCCCAACCUACGCCUCUUCCGCCACCACGCAGACAGACAGCGUGAGCACGGUGCUGGAACCGGCGCCGAUGUUCUGCACCCAAUGGCAUGCAUGUCACACGUUUUCCAGCAGAGGGGGGACUCUUCAGAUCCGCGACAGCGAGGCCAAACUGUCAGUACCCCCCAAUGCCGUCAAGAAAGGCAGCUAUCUAGAUGUCAGAGCUGCCACUGCCACCGACCUGCCUUUCAUUCACUAUUCCCUGCAACUGCCGGAGAAUGAGAUCAUCAUGAGUCCGGUGGUGGAGUUCCAGGCAGAUGAGUGUUUUCAGUUUGACAGGUGGGUGGACAUUACGGUACCGCAUUUUUUACCAUCGUCGUGCAUCGAUGAUGAUGUCAAAGUGUAUCACGUGGACAGGAACUCUGAUGGCGGCUUCCGGUUAUUGGUCCUGACCUCGGAGACGGUCUACGAGAAGAUGAGUAAAAACAACACGGGAUCCUUCCAGUCCCAGGAUGGUGAUGAAGCCGACGUGGAUGAUGGCUCCUUGGAUGUGGGUUUCUUCAGGUUGCUGCCAAAUGGUCAACUUCUGGUGAAGACCAAGGGCUUCUGUGGCUAUUUCUGUACGGCCUGUAAUGUCCAACAUUCACAGCUUCACCUUUUCGCUUUCGGAUCACACAAGUUCAUCUCCCGCGACCAAAGAAAUGUAAAGAUUUUCCUUUAUCUCUGGGACAAAAGGAUCCAAUUAAAAGAUUUCCAGAGGGACUAUUUGCCAGGUGACAUACAGACACACAGCUGGUUAGCUCGGCAGACCCUCACCAUUGUGGAAGACCCCGAUUUCCUCAACUCUCUUGUCAUCCUUCAUUUCCACAUCCACGACAGCUGUGCAAGCGACUGGCGACACGCACUUCGCAGGGAUUCUCUGGACCCCAUUUUUCCAGUCAAGCGGCAAUUUGUUCUUGGAAAAGUUCUGCACUGGAAAACAGGAGCCCCACGUUGUGAAGAGUGGCUGAUAGAGAACAUCAACGGACGUGCCCCUGACGAGAUAUUUCAAGGGUAUGUCGACGUUGUCAACAUCACCCAGCGUCGGCUGUCGAGUGCCAGCGACAUCAUCAACAACGAUAACAACGUCACUUUGUUCUUUGAUGUCAAGUUGGAAGAGAAACCUACACAUUCGUGGAAUCCAAGCAUCUCUGCUGGUGAAAGUCAUCUCACACAAAAGGUUUCCGAUAUACCUGAAAGAAAGCAUCAAGGAACUCCUACUGGUGUUGCUCCUCGAGAUGAAACAACGGCUCGCAGUCCCAUUGCAGACUACAGCCUGGACUGUAUUCGGGAAGAAGACCUGUUCGGCGACGGGCCAGCUUGUCAAAGUCCGGGGCUGAGUGGCCUGAAGAUUGGUAGCAACUCAGACCUGGGCGUUUACCUGGAGCCUCCAUCUUCACAAUGUCCCUGGCGUCUUACACAGUCUUACCAUGCUUCUUCCGAGCCGAGCAACAACAAUUUUGUGGCAGAAGCAAUCAUAAAAACUGGAGCUGCAUCGCCUUAACAGCAUCACAGGCAAGUUGUACUCACAACGUGGGCGACUUCAACUGGACGUACAGCGAGAACAAGAGCAAGUUCCUCCAUGGGAACGACUUCAUAAACAAUAUUCGUGACAAGCCCAUGGUCAGCAAGUUCUUCAUCUAACUACAGCUUCCGUCACAGUCUUUUGUUUCCUGCCAAAACCAACUUGUUGGAUGUGGUAGCAACGUGUCGAGGGAGCCAAAUUGCCGAGUGGAACUCAGGGGAGCCUUUCAUUGCGAUCCACAGAGCAGACGAGAGAGCAUCAGUCGCGGGCUACUGCCAGUCUGAGUAACACCAAGACGCUACCCAGGGGUAGGCAGCGACCGUGCUGGACAGGUGUACCCUGGAAGCGUGCCUACCCCAUUGAAGUGCCUCGCUCUUCCUCGCCCUCAACACGGAGGACGAUGUCUUUCAAGGGUUCCGCUUGUUUGAUGCUCGUUAUUACUGCGCCAGAGAAGAUUCUACCUCUUGAUACUUUUUCUAGCUGCACUCAGAUCAAAGUAGGAACAAAAACAAUAAUAGUUAAUGAAAUCAUCAGAAAAUAGGGACAGCGAAUUCUCGGGACAAAGUUAUCAUAUGAGUGUUAGGAAGCUUGCUAUAUUACAUCCCACCGGUUUUCGGUAGCAUGUUAACAGCAUCAAUUACAUGCUCAUUUGAAUAUUUAGAUGAACAUUUUACACCACGAGAAAAAUUGUAUCUCGUACUUAAACUUAUAUUUUACAGGAACAGGUUGCAUGGCGUGCUUAAAUCGUAAACUUUCCCCACCGAGGAAGGGCUGUAUGAAAUAGGUUACUUGUGGACUGCGAGAUCUGUGCACUUCCACUUCACCCUCGUGCAGGUUCUAACAGACAACUCGCCUUGCUCCGUGCCGGCAAAAUAUCAACUGCUAUAUUACACAAUGGCGAUUAUAUGGAGCAGUUUCAGGUGCACACUUUACACCACAAAGACAAUGAUUUGUGGCUCUUUCGUUCAGUAAUAUAUCCGACAAGAAUGUGUUCAUCAGCAUCGACUAGACAAUCAAAAGAUUUUUCUUAUCAUGUUCUGCAUUUUUAAUGUUUAAAGAAAGCAUUGUUGAAGUGAACAUGUGAACAUGGAUCCGUAUCAGAUCAGAACAUCCUUCCUACCCUUGAAGUCACUUUCAAAAUCAUGUAUAUUUUGUACAUCACUAGAACAUUAGUUUGAGGCAGUGCUUGUUUCUAUGCGUAAACGCGUGUUGCUGCUAAACAAAGAAACAAAAAACAAAGUUCAAUGUUUAGUGUUGCAGCCACCCAUCUAAUUUACACAUUUGUUAUUGCCGCAGUCUACAUAUAUUUAUCAACUCGAAUGAAACAAAUUAUCACAAAUUGUUAAAGGCCAACUUAAUUUUUAAAAGAGUUAUCGUAUAUACCCCGUCGUGGUAGUCGGAUUUCAAAAAGCUUGCAACUUAAAAUACUUUUAAAAAUAUUUUUAGCUUCGCAUUUGUGUUCAGAUAACCUACACACACUUGAAACAUAUAUCAUCUUUUACCUCAUUUUUCAUAGUUUGAGCAGGAUGAACUUUCUUUGCAUUUGCUUUAUGCAUAUUAGUGCAUUUAUUAAUGUUUUACUGUCUUGCUGCUUUGUGUUUUCGAAGUUGUUGAAGGCAUAUUUUUACUCCUAUUACGUUCAUAUUUUUAAAAAGCGUUUUAUUGUUUUCUGCAUUUGAGUGGCAUGAAACCCAUGACAGCAUCAAGCAAAGGCUCACCACCCUUCACAAGUUUUUACGGGCUGUUUUAAUACCGUUUUACCAGAUUUAGUGUAAUUACAAACUUCUUCCUAUAAGGUAUGCAUAUACAGUGGAACCUCGGUUAGCGAACGCCUCGGAUAGCGAAUUUUUCGGUUAACGAACAAAAAUUUCGCUAAAAAUUUGUCUCGGAUAGCGAACAAAAUUUCGGAUAACGAACAAAAAUUUCGU